AUGGCUGAUCCCGCCGAAUCGACGACUCACGGUUUAUACCUAACUGGAAACUUCAAAAUUGAGAAAAAGAUUUCGCCAGAAAAUGGGUGGCGAGCAGAGUACAGAACUUACGUUACCUCUAUUAGCGGUGGUGGUGCUCAUCGCGACCGCCUAAUGAGCUACGAAAUUGAGCUCCGAGGAUUCAGCCAGGCUCAAUUUAAGCUCGAGGCGGGCAACAUCUAUUUCCUUAGGGGAUGUUUCUUUCCCACCAACACAGAUGAGACUAACAAAGACGUACUAUAUUUUGAAGCCUCCGAUAGAGUAUUAAUUAGUCCCUCCCAAAGCUUUAGCGGUAGCUUAAUCAACUCAAUUGCUGUUACCGGAGUUGGGAUCGUUACUGCUAUUGAGAGUUUCCGCGAGCCUAUUACUAAUGGCUGCCUACCUAAUCCAGCGGAUGGAGAGAAAAUGGUCACCAUUGUCACAGUCUUACAUUCGGAUUAUCACCCAAUUCAAUUCACCGUUCAAUAUCGCAUUCCACCCACUCGUAAUUUAGCUGGAACUCCAAAAAUUUUGCAAGUUGGGCGCGAGUACCAGUUUCAUGGUUUUUUGAAAGAUUUUGACGAAAAGACUUUUGUCUACAUAGUAAUUGCGAGCAAAGUUUCACCGACUACGGGAGGCAAGGAAUACGAUGUCGGAGUCAAGUCUAAUGGAUCAGCGAAAGAAGAUGUAAAACCUCUGUUGUCACAAAACAAACCUGUAAAAUUCCAACCACGAGCUUUGAAUGCACAAUUCAAAUCGCCAGUUAUAAAUACUGAUUCUGAAACAACUCCGAACCUUCGAUUCCCGCCGUCGGAUUUCGGCCCUUCUUCUUUCUCGCCUGCGUCUACCCAACCUGGGGCUGGGCCUUCAGAGAGCUCUCCGGACACGGGUAACUCAUCCACAGUUCCGACUCCGCCCACGAAGAAACGAAGUCGUGUUGCUCCAAAGCGCGGAAACAAGAAGGGAAAAACUCUUGAUUUGACUUCAGCAGAAUAA